GUCCAUGUCGCGAUGGGGUUGGAGAUUCGCGGGGUGAGGGGCAUUGAAGCUGAGGAUUUAAGAGGGCUCUGUAGGACGGCGAUUCGAGAGUUGAAAAGACGCUGAUAACUUUUCAUCCCAUUCGUCUUGUUUGUCCUGCUUGAAGUCACGUUCUUGACGCAAUACAAUUAGACCUCAUACAUCUCAACUCCAGAAACUCAAUCCGCUCCAACUUGAACAUUAGUUCAUCUCAAGACAUCGAACCAAAGUAAACACCACAACCACCAUCAACUCCAUCUCAAAUAAAGCAAGGCAAUCCAUCUACCCACCAAAAAACCUCUUACAUAAAUCUCUCCCAAAAAAAAAAAAACUUCGUCAACCAUGGCACCGACACAAGCAUCCCACCUCCCGACGACCCUCCGCUCGCCAACCCACCCACUCCUCCUCCGCACCCUGGAAGACUCCGACUUCGCCGCCGUCUCGGCCGUGCUCUCGGACCCGGAGAAUACGAAAUACGACCCGCACGCCUCGGCUAUCUCGCCCGAGGUGGCCAAGAUUGUGAUUGCGCGGAUGAGGGAGAGCGCUUCCGUGCCGAGUGUUGUUGAUGAAGAAGGAAAAGUCGUGAGCGGGCCGGGGAGAGUGAAUUUACUAGUUGUUUAUGUUGGUGAUGGGACGGAUGAUGGCAAGACUUCGUCAGAGAAGGAGGGAACGGUCAUCGGAUUCGGCGGGUACGGCGGCAUCAACGAGCACGAAGAGGACGGGCGGAAGAUCAGAGUCGGCGACGUGGGCGUCAUGAUCAAUCCGGAUUUUCGGGGCCGGGGGUUCGCGGCCGAGGCGGUGCGGUUGGCCGUCGAGUGGGGGUUUAGGAAGGUCGCCGAGGGCGGGCUGCAGCUGGAGAGGGUGAGUGCCACCAUGAGCGAGAGGAAUGUGCCGAUGAGGCGGUUGGUUGAGAAGAGGUUUAGGUGGGCUGGGGUUGUGAAGCCUGGGAAGGAGGAGGGGGAUGGGGAGGUGUUUUUUGAGGUUACGGGGGAGACGUGGAGGAAGUGA